AUGAAGGUGCUGAUCGUGGAGGUGCUUGAGCAGGUUGCGGACCGGGGGGCGCCACACGAUGUCGAGGAGUGGCUGCAGUCAGCUGCCGAGGAGCGGCAGACGUGGGAGAUUCAGGAGGGUCCGCGGUUCGAGGCCGAGGAGCGGCUGCAGGGGGAGGCGGAGGAGCGGCCGCAGCUGGAGGCGGAGGAGCGACUACAGGGCGAGGCUGAGGUGCAGCGGCAGGUGGAGCAGGUGGAGGAGUAG